AUGACCACUAUUUUUGAUGGCUACGAUGAAGAAUAUCGCACUUUGGCCAACGAUAUUUCCAAGAAGCUUAGUGAAGUUGCAUGUUAUGAGGAACAAAAAGACAAGAAGAAGGUGGGCAUUGUGCACGUGGGCGACUUACUGACGCAAGCUUCGCAACUGAUCCAGCAAAUGGAGUUGGAGGUGAGAAGUUUAGAUGCAGCCACCCGCCGAGAACUCUCGAAGAAGGUGGACCAAUACAAAAAAAGUUUGGCAUCACUUUUAGCAGACCAUAAGAAAAUUCGCGAAAAAGAAGAGCGCGAAGGACUUUUUGGCGAUCGUGAUGGUAACGCGACUUUGGCUGAGCAUCGUGGUCGCAUGGCAGCAGCAACCAACAAGAUGAAAGGCACAACGGAUAAGUUAGCCGCUGCAAGAAAAGAAAUUGCCGACACAGAGGAAGUUGCUCUUGCCAUCGGCGAAGAACUUGGCCGAAAUCGCGAGAAGAUUCAGUCUACACACGCAAAAGUGAAGGGUGUGAACGAUAUGGCUCGUCGCGGAGGCAACAUUGUUGGCCGCAUGUCGGCACGAGACAAACGUCAACGCCUGGCGCUAUCGAUUGCGGCUGGAUUUAUUAUUCUUGCUAUUUUAUUGCUGAUUUAUUUUGGCAUUUUUAAGAAGAAGUAG